GAGGGUGUUUUACAGUACAGCUACAUCACACUCUGUUCAAACUUUGAACAUUUGAAGUCGAAAGGUAACCCUCUAGCUCUUUCACGAACACAGCCCAGAGACCUCAUUGAGCACAGUGUCAGAGACAACAGAAAUUUAACACAGUAUCUUGCAGUCGCGCACAGGCGCACACAGUUCAAUACUCACGCGAGAGAUUGCGGUAAAAUAUUACAAACGGUAGGUGCUUGAUUCGCUUCAUUUCUCUGGACUCACUGUACAUCCAAAAGAAAAAAAACUUUUCACUGACCCACAGACUAAUUCAUUGGAAUUAGUUCAAUGGAUUUAAGCAUCGCCGAUGUCACGAGAUAUGUGAGCUAACGGAUACGGGGAUUAAUAUUACACAAGCACCGAGGCACAAGUACACGCGGUGUAGGCUAUUGACUGGCUGCUGAUAUUUUCGCUACGGAUUCGAUGUAGCUAUAAACCGUACCUGUAACACACGACCGAUGUGAACAGCAGUUAUUUUAGUGCAGUUAUCUGCAUUUUGAUACAGACUAGGCUACCACGGUUGUGGGAGUUAAUUUCGGUACGUUAGGAUACACUAAGGAUAUAAUUUCAUAGAAACGGAUCAUAACAUCGCAAAUGUUAGGUAUUCGGACAAGAUAGUACCUGCAAGUGUUUAACUGAGCCCUAUCUGCGUAUUUUAGAUUUGUGCCCCUUAAAAUUUUUCCUUGAACUUGCGCACGAGCGGCAGCUUUAUUGAUAUCCACACUGCACAAGUCUCACAUUCACAUGGGCGAAGGCGGGGUUCGGUUCUUUGGUUGGAUUGGGCACACAGUCAAGAAGGCAAGAGUGUUUUCGGACCCUGAGGGGGAGCCGGAGAACCGAAAGAGAUGGGCCGAACUUUUCGAACAAUUGGACCUGAAUAAAGACGGUAAAGUCGACAUUAAUGAGCUGAGGAUUGGACUCGCUAACAGGGGGUUACUUCGCAGUGACGCGGAGGAGAUAGUGCGUGAGAGCGACACUAACCAUGAUGGCUUACUGGACUUGGAGGAAUUUUCCCAGUACCUGUGGGACCACGAACAGGAGCUGCGAGUCAUUUUCCACACAUUGGACCACAACCACGACGGUCACAUUGAUGUUGGGGAAAUCCAGCAAUCACUACAUAACCUGGGACUGGAGGUCUCAACAGAACACGCCGUUAAAAUACUACAGAGUAUGGACAGGGAUGGCACCAUGACUAUCAACUGGAAUGAAUGGCGAGAUCACUUCUUGUUUAACCCCCUUCACAACAUGGAGAGUAUUGCCCACUACUGGAAACACUCACUGAUGUUUGACAUCGGAGAGCAACUGACGGUGCCCCCAGAAUUUUCCCAGCAAGAGCGCCGGUCGGGUGUAGUGUGGAGGCAGCUGGUUGCUGGGGCGAUGGCGGGGGCGGUGUCACGGACAGGAACCGCUCCCCUCGACCGGCUCAAGGUCUUCCUACAGGUACAUGGGUCCAGCUCUAAUCGAAUCAACCUGUGGACAGGGCUGAAGGGGAUGGUCCAGGAGGGGGGUAUACGAGCCCUCUGGAGGGGCAACGGCAUCAACGUCCUCAAAAUAGCCCCAGAAUCUGCCAUCAAGUUCAUGGCCUAUGAACAGAUCAAGUGGUUGAUCCGGGGCAGAAAAGAAGGAGGCACUCUUCGGGUGCAGGAGAGGUUCAUAGCUGGGUCUCUGGCUGGAGCCACAGCACAGACCAUCAUCUACCCCAUGGAGGUGCUGAAGACUCGUCUCACGCUGAGGAAGACGGGCCAGUACUCUGGCAUAGCUGACUGUGCCCGUCAGAUCCUGAGGAAGGAGGGGGUCCGAGCCUUCUACAGGGGCUAUAUGCCCAACACACUGGGCAUCAUACCCUACGCCGGCAUAGACCUGGCUGUCUACGAGACUUUGAAGAAUGCCUGGCUGCAGAGGUACUGUAAGGGCUCAGCUGACCCAGGGGUGUUGGUCCUGCUGGGCUGUGGGACGGUCUCCAGUACCUGUGGACAACUGGCCUCCUACCCCCUGGCCCUCAUCAGAACACGCAUGCAGGCCCAAGCCUCCACUGAGGGAGGGCCCAAGCUGUCUAUGGUUGGCCAUUUCAAGCACAUCAUAUCACAUGACGGGGUACCUGGGCUCUACCGCGGCAUUGCCCCAAACUUCCUGAAGGUCAUUCCUGCUGUCAGCAUCUCCUACGUGGUGUACGAACACAUGAAGAAGGCCCUGGGGGUGAGCUCAUAGAGAGAGGAUUUCAAGAAGGAAGAGAUGAAGACAGGGGCUUGAGGAAUAGAAUACAUGCCCAUGUCACACACUGUAAGCUUUUCCAUCUACACUUAGAUAUACUCUCUAAGUUACUCAUAUUGUCACGUCACACCGGGACACAGAUUUUCUGGAGGUGGUGCAAGUGGAGGGGAUUGAGAGUGAAAUAGCAAGAGUGCGUAGUGGCAGAAUCUGGGCUGUCUCCAUACUGUGAAUCUCCAUACUGUGUGACCAUUUAACCAAACACAGGGAUGAAACCAGGUCACUUUCACUUUUUGUAAAUAAUGCAGUGACAUUAUAGUGAUGUGCAGUUAGGUCUGUGCUUGGAUAAGCAUGGGAGGCUCUGAUAUCAAUGUCACAUUAACUCAAAAGUAGCUCCAACGAAGGCUAAUUCACCAAAUUAAGAAGCUAUUUUUUAAACACUGAUAAGAAUUGAUGGCCACAUUGGAUAUAAGCCUACACAAAACACAGACCUUAUUUGAAGUGGAUGAAAAAAUCUCCUGUGGUAUAACGUUAGUGAAAUAAAGCAAAGGUUUUGCUGCUAGUUUUUAUGGGGAUAAUGAUGCAACUACUAUUUCAUAUUAGUAGUGGCACUAAAGACCAAUAUGGACAAAUAAGACCAAUAUGUAAACCAGCGUAUUAUCUUGUAAAACAGUUCAAUUAGCUAGUAGCUUUACACAAGAUAAUAGACUGGGCCUGUACAUGAAAUACUAAAAUAAUUUUUUUUUUAUAUAGAAUUGUAUUUUCUUCAGUACUAAUAUUUUGAUUACCCUGUAUAGCUAUUUACUAUACAGCUGAAUAACACUUUUUCUUUUAGCACCAACACACAUGCAACACUUGUAUACAGUACCAGUCAAAAGUUGGGACACACCUAAAGAUUCAUUCAUGAGUAUUUAUUUUUACUAUAGUCCACAUUGUAGAAUGAUGGUGAAGACAUCGAAACUAUAACACAUACGGAAUCAGGUAGUAACCAAAAAUGUAUUGAACAAAUCAAAAUGCAUUUAUAUUUUUGAUUAUUCGAUGUAGCCACCUUCCUGGCAUUCAGUCAACCAGCUUCAUCAGGUAGUCACCAGGAAUCCUUUUCUCAUCUCAAACUAUCUCAAUUAGGUUGAAGUCGGUUGAUUGUGGCACUCCAUCACUAUGUCUCGGUCAAAUAGCCCUUACACAGCCUAGAGGUUUGUUUUGAGUCAUUGUCCUGUUGGAAAACAAAUGAUAGUCCAACCAGAUGUGAUGGUGUAUCACUGCAGAAUGCUGUGGUAGCUAUGCUGUUUGAGUGUGCCCUGAAUUCUAAAUAUAUCACUGACAGUGUCACCAGCAAAGCAACCCCACACCAUCACACCUCCAUGCUUCAUGGUGGGAACAACACGUGCAGAGAUCAUCUAUUCACCCACUCUGCAUCUCAUAGACACAGCAGUUAGAACCAAAAAUCUUUAAUUUGGGGUAGGCUAGAUUACCACCAGUCUAAUGUCCAUUUCUCAUGUAUCUUGGCCCAACAAGUAUUUUUUUUUUUCUUAGGUUACCUUCAGUAGUGGUUUCUUUGCAGCAAUUCAACCAUUAAGGACUGAUCCAUGCAGUUAUUUAGACAUGAAGCAUUUAUUUAGGCUGAAAUCUGAGGUACAGUUAAUUGCGAAUUUCUAAGGCUGGUAACUUAUUCUCUGCAGCAGAGGUAUCAGCAGAGUCUUCCGUUUCUUCAGUGGUCCUCGUGACAGCCAGUUUCCUCAUAGCGCUUGAUGGUUUUUACAAGUGCACCUGAAGACACUCAAAGUUUUUGACAUUUUCCAGAUUGACUGACCAUGUCUAAAAGGUUACGAUGGACUAUUUGCUUAUUUGAGCUGUUCUAACCAUAAUAUAGACUACAGUACAGACAGAAUUGAAGUCUUCUGUAUAUCCACCCUACCUUGUCACCCUCUGUAAAACCACCCUAAUACAAUUUAGAAGGAAAGAAAUUCCACAAAUGAACUUUUAAAAAGGCACACUUCUAAACUGAAAUGCAUUCCAGGGAACAACCUCAUGAAGCUGGUUGAGAGAAUACAAAAAGUGUGCCAAGCCGUCAUCUAGGCAAAAGUUGGCUACUUUCAACAAUCUACCCUAAGAAAUUUAUUUUGAUCUGUUUAACACUUUGUUUUCUACAAGUCCAUGUGUAAUUUCCAUUGCAGCUUUAGCCUUUUCGGGGCCCAAAGCAAAAUUUGGGCCCCAGCUCCCCUAUUGGUUGGGGCUCCCUAGCAGUCAGAGGCACCCUAGCAGUCCAGGGCCCUAAGGCCUUGGUUAUUUCAUAGUUUUAAUGUCUUCACUAUUAUUCUACAAAGUGUACAAUUGUAAAAUUUAAGAAAUACCCUUGAAUGAGUAGGUGUGUCCAAACUUUUCACUGCCACUGAAACCAGACUAAUGUAAGAACCCUGUAUUUCAAUUUGUGGGGUUGCUCCACUGAACUACAAAGCCAAAGUAUCCCACUCUAUAAAUAUAGUAAUUAACAAAUAGGAUGUCAAAAGAGAUUUAGAAUUGUAUACAUAUGUAUGUUUUUUUAUUGUAAACAUUUGUUAAAAAUAAAUCAGCUAUUCUAAAAAACAUACAUUCUAAUGGGGAGUUUUAAAAGUUCUUAAAAAAAUAUUUUCAUGACAAACAUUGAAAUAUAUUUUUGUAAAAGUCUGAAUACAUUUGAAAAAUAUAUUUAUACAGGGUCUAAUAAAUAUAUUUAUUGCAAAGGGGUAUUUAUACAACCACAGUGGCACUGUAUACAUCCACUGACUCAACAACCAGUAGGACAAUAGGAUAGUUAUGACUACAGGAAGGGCUGUAAGACUACUAUUUACAUUCUACAUCUAAAGAUGCAUUCUGUGAAUAAUGGACACUGUUUGUAAAAGUGGCACUAUGGAGCUAAUGGGUCCCAUAAAAUUGUGUACUAUGUCAUAUCUGUGCCAAUUAAUGUCCCACUGUCGUCAAAAACACUUGCUUUCAAACUUGUAAUUUCAUGAAUAAUUGAGAUUUUAUAGAGAUUGUAGUUAUAGAUUAUGCACACAAACAACAUAAUACAAAUUCAGACCAAAUUGGGAGGUUUAAACUAUUAUUUUGUCCAUGGUCACUGGCUGCAUCUUGAAGUCAUUUAACAAACACUUUUAUCCAGGGUGAUUUUCAGUAGUGAUUGCAUUUUCAAAGAAUGAAAAUACAUUCUGUACAAUAAGUUGCAAAUACCAUACAAAAUAACACAAAAUAAUACCAUAAUAAAAUAAGUAAAUAAACAAGGAAAACAUAUUCCCUGUGGAUAAGCCUUGUCGUGUUGGGUUUCCACCAUGUUUAUCUAAUUCCAUGGUCUUGGUAGGAACUAUAUAUUUAAACAUAUUGAAAUAUGUCAGCCUAGGUAUUUUUAGCUUCUGCCACAUCAGUAAAUAUAAGGAAUCCCCUGGAUAUGUUGUUCAUGAACAUUCAUCACUUGCUGCCGUUGUAGGCAAUAAACCAGUAUUAGGUUUUAUGUGCAAUGGCUCCUGCAUAUUGAGGCACUGUAGAUAGAUAAGGAAAAGGCUUAAAAGGAUGGGCUCAGUUUGAAGCGUGGCAAACCCUUUUUGUUGCAGGUAACUAGGCAGUAUAUUUGGUAUCCCUUAUGCCUAUGGUGUAUUUUCUUUUUUUACUUUAUGUAUUUAUUUCUUUAUUUAUUUGGAUUUUUGCUACAGUACACAUUUUUUACUAACUUUGCACUAUACUGUGAAACAUAGAAUUGUUCAUCCUAAAAGUGAAUGGAUGGUUCAUCAAGCAUAUCGCACAAUGCUAAAGAAGCGAUCAUAGCAUCCUAAUGCAAACAUUGGUGUUUAAUUCAUAGGUAGAUCAAUAGACCAGAGAUUGUAUUCAAUUUAUAUACUUUCAAUUGAUACUGAAGUAUUAUUAUGAGAUUCUGUGUAAUUCUAGGAAAUACUCUAUAAUUUUAUAGCCCAGGAAAGAAUUGUUUUCCUUUCUUUUUGUUUUAACUUAAUAAUAUACUACUAUAUGUAGUUCUUUCUACCUGUACCAACCUUGCAUUGUGUUUACAUUUUAGCUGAGAUUUAAUAAACUGGAUGUGUCACAUCUAUUGAAAAGCGCAAGCACUACCACUCAAGCCGAAAUACAUUCCUAGAAGUGUUAUUUGGAGGCAGAUUCAUUUAUCUGAUGAGAUUUGUACUACCAUGGAUAUUGAAAGAAAUGUAGUUUCCUAACUGAUCAUAUUCAGAUAUCUUUUGUAAGCCUGUAUAUCUUUUUGGGCUCUUUGGCUGAACUCAUAAUCACUUUUUAACAUGAUGGGAAAUGUGUGGAGGAGAUUAACAUAACAUUAAUUGGAAUGAAAAAGGGAUUGAGGAGGAUGGAUAAAGUUGUAGUGAUGUCCACCAACUGCAGGCUGAUUUACUUGAAAAGGAACGAUUUUGUUUUGGAUAACAAAUUUAUUCAAAAUAACCUCUAUAGAAAAUAGAUGUUAUACUGUAAAUGUUAUAUAUUUCUAACUAUUUGCUAUGCUUGUGAAUGCUUGCUUCAUCAGAAAUUGUACUUUGAUAUCACGUUCUUAUAAAAAUUCUGAAUGCUGAAAAUGUAUUUUACAUUACUAGAUACUAUCUCCAUAAUGGUUAUUUUUAAAUCGUACUUAACCCUAACCCUUUACUUUAUAAAAGCUAUUCAUGGAAAAGUUAUUUUAUGCCCAUUCUUCCUGUGGACUUCCUGUCAACUGUAAUAUCAGUUUAAUGACAUCCAUUUGUUCUCUCUUUGCGCUUUAUACAACUAUGAAAAUAUCCUUCACUCUCUGAUGGAAAAGGUUUUGUAUAUGAGUUAUAAUUUCUUGAAAGAUGUUCUGUCAUUGUUACAUUUUGUUUGGCUUUCUUGCAUUGAAUGCUCCGCAGUUAUGUACCCAAAUCAAGUUUUUCUACUAUAUGUUUGCAUAUCUUACUAAAUCUACAAUAAAUGUACAGACUACAAACUUA